UGCUUCCAUUCCCUAUCCAGCAUGACGUCACUUUAAUGUAACCGCUGCAAUAUAUAUAUGUAUGCAACAUCGACGGACCGGCGAUCGCCCUCAAUCGAGCUCUUCUCGAGGGAUCUUCUCCGUGCAGGCUCUUGAGAUGCCGGCGACAGCUGCGGCAAGCUGUGGCGGCGGAAAGGUCUCGUUUAAGGUGAUCCUGAUCUCCGAUCCCAAGCUCCCGGACGAAGUGUAAGCAUUCCCUUUUCUCUCGACCAAUCUCGUCCUCGCGAUCUCCUUUUUUCGAUUCCUAGGAUUUCGCUCGAUCUUUUUCUUUGCUAUUGAUCCGCCCUUCAGAUCUCAGUUUCAGCGUCCCAGAGGCAGCCCCUUUUACCGCAGUCCUAAACUUCGCCGCCAGGAGUUCAAGGUCCUUAAUCAGACUAGCGCCGUCAUCACCAUUCACCAAAUUUGAUAUUGGUCGGUGUUUCUCUCUAGUUUCAAUUGAGUUCUUCCCCUUGAUAAGGAAUACGCUUGUCUUGGAUAUGCUAUUUUAUCCUUUCGGCGUUGCAAUGUUCUCUGUUAUAGAUUGAAAGGAAAAUGAAUGAUGACGACGGUAUUCUAGUGAUUGGUUAAACCUGAACGAGUUUCUGGUUUUCCUACCUUCUUGUCGAAAGGAACUUUUUUAUUUUUGUUAAUAUCUGAUAUAUUUUCCCCUUGCAGAUGGCGUGGGUAUCAACCCACAACAGAGUGCUGGUAAGUCAUCAUUCUGGCUUUACUUGUCAAUAGUUAACAUUAUAUUUUAAACUUGUAAUUUUGUCAUGACACAUCCAUUUUGCCAAAUGAAAUUGGAUGACAAAGACAGGUGUUCCAUGCCAUCAGACCUAGAUCUUGCUGAUAUGUUAGUACAUUGGAGCAAUUAGUUUCUCAUGAAAUCCCCUCCCAAGAUUUUUGUUUAAUUAUAUAUUCCUAUAAGUUCUUACUGCGAUUACCAAGACCUUGAACAUUUGGAGAAAGCUGUUUAGUACUAUUCUUUUACUUGAAAAUAAUAAUUCAUCACACGCAAUCAAGUUUUAAUUAUUAAAUUAGUUGGUAAGAACAGGAAGAAUGGUGAUUUCAAAAUACCCUACAAAAGUUUACUUUAAUGUGUUAUCUUUGAAAUUUGGAAUCCAUGUCCAUGAGUAUUUGAAUAAUUUCACAUUGGUUUGAUGUCCUUACGAAUCUGAUAUAUGUGAUUGAUUGUUAUAACAUAAGUUGAAUCAAUUAGAAAUUCUAGCUAUGUGAUACAUGUCUGAGAAAACUUUAUAAUAUAAAUGGCCUUGGCAUUGAUGGCUCAUUGUAUAGAUCUCCAUGGCAAAAUUUAGUUCAAUGUAGCUAACUCCAGAUAGUUGGGAUAUGCACAGGACUUGCUUUUGUAAUCUGAGCAGCCAAAACUUGUAUCUUUAGCUCUUGCUAUGAAUGUAAGUGUAGUUUAUAUGUUUUGUUACGUUUGAAAUCUCAGUAGCAGUUAACUAUCUUUUGUAAAUAUCAUGUCAGUUAUGUGAGUUCAUCAUGGAUUUAGAGUGACUCUUGGUUCCAGUAAACAUCUUUGCUAUAGUUAUGUCAUUUUAUAUAAUUCUUUUGAGUUAUGACUGGAUGAGAUUGAUACUUAAUAACAUAUUACGAACUCAAACAACAAACUAGGAAAAAGGACAAUAACUCAAAGCAAUGCUGUCAUAAUUGGUCAGUUCAGUUAUUAUCCUUUUUUUAAUUGGCCACUUGGAUGAGAAAAUAGAGAAGGAAGCAUUAUGGUUGAUAUUUGAUAAUGGCUUCAAUAUUUUGUUUGUUAAAAUAUUUUUUUUUAAAAAAAAAGAAGUUGAAAAUUUAACUUGUUCUUUUCUUGUAAUUUUUUUGUCCUGAAAUACACAUGAAAAUUUUCAGUAUUUGACUGCAUAACUUGGGAAGUCGGCUUUCAUGUUUUUAGUUACUAUUGUAGUAUUGUAUUUAAAUUUGCAGUAUUUGUAGUCUAGCAUUGGGAGAUGUUCACUAAAUGUUGAACUUCACUUAUUUUUGAAUUCAUAGAUUAGACAUCUAGGGUUCAUUUACUUGGAUGAAUGGUGGAUAGAAAGGCUCACAAAAUUACAUAUGAGCUCCGUCAUUUAUUUACAUCUACUAUUUCACUUUCCCUUCUAUGGCUCUUAUUUUCCAUCCAAGAAAUUUAUAAGACAAUGAAAAAUCAUUGAGAUGCAGAACAUCAAUAUGUAUUAAGCUUUCCUGUUGUGUUGUAAACAUCUAUUGCUUGUGAAUCAACAUCCUUGAGCUUGAGCUUUCUUCGUACAACUGAUUCUCCGAGGAUAAUUCAUUGUAUUUUGCUUGUGUUAUAUUACUGAAUUAAGAUAGAUAUUUGGAUCUGCUUUGACAUCUUUGUUUUUUGUUCUGAUCAACAAUGAUUGAGUAUGAAAUGUGGAACAUUGUGCCUCAGAGAGUGGGAAAAUUUUCAGUUUUAAAUUUCGUUUUUCAGGUAAACAUAGUUGAAAAUGGAAAAAAAAACAUUCGCCAUCAUUCUUUUGACCUCACUACACAAUAGAAAUUUAGUUUUACUCUGAGAUGCUUAAUCUUCUCUAAAAAAAAGGAAAUAGGUUUGUAAGAGAUUGAACAACCGAGAAAAUUUGUUCCCAUUCAAACAAAUAAGUGUUUGUGUUUUCUCUUUCGAAGUUGUAAUUAGCAAAACAACAAGCACUCUUAGAUUUGCACAAGAAAAGGGUUGAAACUUAAAUGAAACUUAAGACAAUGUGAAUUUGAUACCAAACACUAGGUUGUUUGAAGUGUCAUUUAAUAAGGUAAACAAUCUCAUUAUUUGAUUUGUUUGGUACGUUAAAGUUGUCAAAAUGGAGAGGGGCUUAAAGAGUCCUCUCUCAUGCAAUCAUAAUAUGAUGGGUGGUGAACAUAGUUCGACAAACCAACCUAGGUCUCCACAUAUGUGGCUGCACAGGAUUUUUCAAUAGGAGUGGACCACAUCGCAUAUAACAUAUGCAGUCUUCUAUAUGUAGUUGGACUGAAGCAGGUCAUCUAGAUGGCCACGUAUGCAGUCUAAGUUUGUGUAGACAUCUAUAAACAAAAACUGUGGUUUGUUCAAGCCACUUUGGAUUGAACCAAAAUUAAAUAAAAAUUCUAUUUAUUACUUGCCUCUGUUUCUUCUCAAAUAAUAAGGGCUUUUAUUAUAUCUUUUUUCUUCUACGAAGCUUAGUUUCAAUGUUUGCGAAAUACUUUUGUAAAGUAUGUUGGUAACUUGUAAGUGACAAUUUAAACAUUUGUAGUGCAGAUAUUAAAUUAUAUGCAUGUUAAUAUAUGACAUAUUCUGCAAUAAUGAUUCAUAUAGAUUAUUAUAUAUCAUGCAUUUCAUGUUUUAUGAUCACUUAUAUAUUUUACAUGCAAUUAUUGAUUAGAUAACUUGAUUAGUGUACUAUCUAUAACUUAGCAUUUUAUCGCCUAAUAAUUAUUAACAUUUUUAAUUUGGACUUAUAUGCCCUCACAUAUGUACAAUGAUCGUACAUUGUGAUAAUUAAAAAACAAGAUCGAAAAUAUAUAAAUAAAGAUGAGAAUAUUUAGAUACACAUGUACAGUUAUUGAGAAAUAGAACAAGAGAAACAUAUUUCUUAUUUAAGAUGAUGGAUCUUGGAUAUGAUGAUUUUAUAACUACCAAUUUAAAAAUUAUAAAUGUAGUUGGGUAGAGAAAAUCUGUUAAUAUAAAUUGAUGCGGUGAUUAGGCGGGGCCUCACCUUGUUGUCGCAUGGAGGUUAGAGUUAAGAUGAUCAACGGGUGGAUGUUGUUGGUCGAUCGGACGAGUUAUACGCCGAUCGGGGGUUGAGCACCGACCCAUCGUCUUGGGCACAGGGAGUAAUCAAACUGACGCUCAAUGGACGUGUAGAAGCCGAGCUGAGCGGCUCUCCUGCUCGGCCUAACAGCAGAUUUGACAUCAGUUGGGCACGCAAACAGUGAAAUACCCGCCGAGCAUGUGGACGGGGGACUUCAUGUCGAACGGCUAUCCAGCUCGGCCUGACGGAGGACAACACGGACAGUGGACUUUCAACCGAGCGGCUCUCCCGCUCGGCGUGGCAGCAGAUAACGCAGGGAUAUCAGAAUUCUGGCCGAGUGGCCAUUCCACUCGGCCAAACAACAGACACAGUGGGAUAUCCUUCGACAUCCUUUUGGGAGCUAGUGCCGCUGACAGGUGGCAUGAUCAGACAGAGGAUCGUACGGCGGAAACUUCCAUUGUCACUUUAGAGAUAUGCUCGGCCUAUCAGGAAUACUUUACUGACAUGUCUUUUCAGGGAAAGUUUGGGAAAGCAUACCCGCUUUAAGAAGCGUGCACACACGCUAUAGGAGCUCUUUAUAAAGGGGGGUCUAGGCAUCGACGAAGGUAUGCUUUUCUCACGAUUUCUACUGUUGCGCUACAGUUCUCUUUGCUUCUUCUUGCUUCGCCGGAGACUGACUUGAGCGUUGGAGGGUCAUCGCCGGGGACCCCUUCCCUGGCUCGGGACUGACGCUACUUGUGUCGCAGGUGGGAGUGGAGUCCAUUGAAGGUCAGCAGGAGUCUCAUGUCCCCAACAUCCGUGUCUUCGACUUUCGGAUAGAAUCAUAAAUAAACCUAAAUGAAUUGGAUAUUACUAAUUAUAUAACUACAUUAAUUUCUGUGAUUGCCCAGUUAAAUAGUUGGAGCUUACCCUUUUUAGCAACAGGUGGAUGCAAUAGUUGUCCAAUAAUGCAUGCUUUGUCAAGUAUCAACCAUGAUGUUUGAGGUCAGCAUGGCUCUGAGUUGCGACCUGUCCCGUGUGACGGAGUGGGAGGGGCUUAUGAGAUAUUUUAGAAAAUUUGAGUUUGACUUUGAAAUUAUGUGACAUGGCACCUCGUUUGAACUUGUCAAUUUAUCCAUAUGAGGGGCUAGAAGACAUUGUAAUACUUUCUACAGUUAUAUUUAACCAAGCCUAAAUUGUACAAUUCCGAAGUAAUUCCUAGUGAAUAAAUUUUCAGUGGUCUAUUUCGGUUAGCAAAAAUAAUUUAGGCAAGGAUUUUUAUCAUUCGUUAGAGAUUGCUGAACAUACCUUUGUGCACCACCUUAUGAUACAAGCAAAAGUUCACGUUGACUGCCUUUUUGCAUGCUUGUGAUCUUUUGUCUAGAUCUUCCUCUAGGAAUCAUGGCAUCUGAGUGGUGAUGUAGCACUUCUGUAAAUUACAUCGGAGCUCAUUGACAUUUUUUCAUUUCAACUGGUAGCAGCUAGGGGCCUGGGAUUAGACUGAAGAACCAUCAACAAGAGACUAUUGCUCAAAAUAUUUGAACUGAUACUCCUCUGAAGCUACUGUGGAGUCUGCUACAUCUGAGGUCAACUUCAUUCCAUUGUAUAAUGCAAUCAUUUAGCAGGCAACUUGUCUCUUUAGAAUAAAUCUCGGUGAUGUGACAAGGGGAUAAACUGAUGCUGACUUUAAACCUUGAUAUGUUAUAUUUGCUCCAUUUCAUUCUGUUCCUCUAGUCUAACAGAAUGUUUAUUCCUAUUAUUUUGAACAAACUUUGCAGAAUCGUCAGCAUGAUUUGACUUGCCUUGAGUUGCGUUCUCCGUAACAUUCACUUCAUAUCUUCCUCACUGCAUGCUCAUCUGCUUCAGUUUGUUCACCUACAUAUUUUACAUGGAUUGAAUGGAUAGGGAUAAUCACCUAAAGAACGAACUACGGAUGAACUCAAACCUUCUAUUUUCUUACGAUUUCGCAAGUAUCUAAAAAGGCAUUUAUUCCUGUAUGCUUUGUUUGCGUGCAUGAUUUCUCCCCCUUUUGGAGACAAACAAGAUGGGGGAAUCAUUUCUAUAUACAAGACACUGCACUAUGUGACCUUGAGCAACGAACAAAAUGCAUGUAAUCAUAUGUUCACUUAAGCCGCAUGCCUUCCUAUAAUGCUUCAUUUUAUUUUUAUUAACAAGUUGCCAGAAUCAUUAAUUCUGUAAUGUUUUAGUAGUAUGGAGCAAAAAUGCUUUUUCUUAAAACUGAAGCUGUGAAAAUGCUAUACGAUCAAUUCUUAGGAUUAGUACAGAGCUGACUGUUUCUGAUUUUUAUGCUAAUUUCAAAGAUAUCAUGCAGAUGGCUUAGAAUUUCCAGGUUUUUUUAUACUGUUGGCUCUCUAACUAGUUGACCACUUCGUUCAAUGAUACCUGCAACUAAAAAGACUCGCACUAAUUGAGCCCAAUGAUAGUCUAUGGAAUGGUCCAACAAGCAUCAGAUUUGGCCAAGAGAAGUUCAUAUUUGCUAACUUGUUACUGGAUAUGUUGUUGAUUACUGUCAUCAGUAAGCACAUGAUGUUUGCAAAUGAAGGGUGAGCUAUCAUGACUGAUGACCAAAAUGCACAACUUCCUAGUUCUCCUACUCCAAGGACCACAAGGUUAUCUGGAGCCUCAUUACAAACAAAAUGGAACUACUUUGCAGCUUCAUUAUUAAAGUAUUGAUAUGCCCACAGUCAAUGAGCAACUGGAGCAGCAUGAGCAAGAUGCAAAUGGACAAUGGAUCUUCCUGGGGACCUCUGAGAAGCUUAUUCUCAUAUCGAUAUCGGCAAGAGCUGAAAAGGAAGAGCAAUAACAAGAAGAAGAACUGGAAGAAGAUUGGAUGCUCGGGGUCUCUAUGUAGGAUGAGAGACAGUUCUAGUGUCAUAAGCCCAGCAGCAGUAGUAAAGAGUUCUGAAGCUAACAACAAAUUGGCCUCAGACAGCAGUUGUAAUAGUUCAAGCAGAUCCUUGAAAGCCCCCUCUGAUGGCAUCACUGGAGCAAUCUCAACCUCUUUUUCUUCAAACUCAUCCUCUUCUGUCACUGCUUCCUCGUCCUCAGCAUCCUCCUCUUUAGAAGGAUCUUUUGGAGCAAUGCAUUUGAGGGGGGUUUCAGGGUGCUACGAGUGCAGGGACAUUUUUAUGACUCCUGAUGAUCUUGAGCUUCACCAGAUACAAAAGCACGCAGUGUCUGAAAUGGGCGUUCAAGACUCGAGCAGAAAAAUAAUUGAACUGAUAUUCCUUUCAAGCUGGCUCAAGAAGCAAGCUCCAAUCCCCAACAUAGAGAGAGUGCUCAAGGUCCAAAACACCCCCACCACCACAUCGAGGUUCGAGGCCUACAGAGACUUCAUCAGGGACAAGGCUAACAAGCCUCCAUUGAAGCACUCGAGGUGCAUUGCCGAUGGCAAUGAACUCCUACGCUUCUACUGCACCAGUGUUGGCUGCUCUGUCGGCCUUCAUGGCGCCCCGACCCUCUGCCAAUCAGCCUCACUCUGCAGUCUCUGUGGCAUUCUACGCGAUGGCUUCAAAGUGGAUGAGCUGGGCAAAACCCAAACUAUGGCCACCAGCUUUGGAGCCCACGGCGCAUGCACCCACCAAGUGCCUUCCAACGGGGGGAUGAGGGCGAUGCUGGUGAGCAGGGUGAUUGCAGGGAGAGUGAAACAGAGCCAAUCAGAUGAUGAUGGUGGUGAGUAUGAUUCAGUUUCCAGCUCGGACGAGCUGUCCGUCUUCAGUCCCAGUGCUAUCCUUCCUUGCUUUGUUGUGCUCUACAGAGGUGUCUAAGUGUUUUUUUCAUUAUUAUUAUUGUUGUCGAGUUGAUUGUCUUCUGCAAUUGAUGUGAAUUGUUUGAUGCGUGUUUAACGGUGGAUUAAACGCAUCUCGAAGGGUGGCUUUGUUUAAUUGGCACACUGUGAACUAGAUAUGAUAAGGCUACAGAUUAGAUUUGUGUGUU